CUCUAUUAUCAUGUGUGUUUGACAUUUACACGUCCCUAGCUGUUUUGAUUUGAUGCUUUGUUGUGAAACAGCGACAGGAGAUAUUUUGCGCAGCCAUUAUUAGUUUCGGAAAUCGUUGCAUUUACGGUCUUAUAACAAAUCAUUGUGAUUAUGAAAAAACACCUCACUCUUAGUGAGAAUCCAAAGAUGAAUACCAAAAAGAAGGACCUGGAAAUCAUCUACAGCUUGCAAUGGAGGACGAAACCAGAAAAUGGUGGUAGCGACAAGGCGAACAUCAUAGGAAUGUACGAUAUUCCUUCUACCACUUUGAACUGGGAGGUUUUCAAAUCGUAUUUGCUAAAGAACUCUGGCACAGUAGGAGAUGACGUGAAAGUAUCAUACAUCACAGACAGCAACAGAGAAUUUCCCAUAGAGUCUCAAACAGACUUCCAAAUUGCUCUGUAUGCUUUCCGACGCAAAGCACGAAUGGGUGCCAUUGUAAACCUCAAAUUGGACAGAAUUUCUGCAGAGCAGUCCUGCAUGAAAAAAGUUAGACUGUCUAAUGAUGUAGAGACACAGUUUGAUAACAAUGAAGCUGUUUCACUUGCAUCCACCUGUUGCAACUUUGAGUCGCCGCCAGAGUGGUUUGUUUCCUAUAUGGAUCAGUUUAAGAAAACAAUCACUGAGGAAGUAGUUGCAUCAGUAACAAAUAUCGUUUCAAACAUAAAACCUCAUGCUGCAAGUCAGCCAUUAUGCUAUCAUUCACGUAAAUCUAAAGGUGAAAGCUCCAAACAGAGGAUCAGGAAGCUUCAACCACUUAUUGGAGAUGCUGGACAUGAUGCCAAAGACCUAGUGAAAUCUUUAAAACUAGAAGGCAAGGUGGAACGUAAACUGAAGAAACUAGAGCACGAAGCAAAGAAAAAGGAAAAGAAGUUGGCUAAACUCUUGAAAUCAAGUGACAGCGAUGUUGGUGGCCAAAGUAGCGGAGGCCGCAGUCGUGGAGAAAGGGACGAUGAUGACUCUUCAGUUUUACAAAUGGACGCAGCUCCUGUUAAGACGCAAACUUCUAUACCACACAUGCUAGGCGGAGAAAUAUAUCUGCACCAGUGGCAGGUCAAAAAUACUGGAAAGUUGUGUUGGACAUCCAAAACUGUUUUGAUGUUCACUUGGGGGUCAAGAGCACUAAAGCCUUUGGAAUCUGUUGUGUCUGUACCGUACCUUCAACCAGGCGAAAUUGGACUGAUUUCAGUCAGACUUCAAAUACCUAAUGAACCAGGCCAAUACGAAUGUUAUUGGCACUUCCACCAUAAAGAACGUCGUUUUGGUCACUGGCUGGGAUGUCAAGUUAUUGUAGAUCCUUUCGACAAGAAGGGUCAUAAAUCUGUUUUAGAUACAUCACCUCCAAUUCCCUCUUUCAAUACCGCUCCGCAGAAGUUUGAAGAGGACUAUAACUUAGAUCAAGUCAUGAACCAGUAUUCUGAAAUCAUUCAAGGACCUUCAACAAGUGAGCCUGUCAAUAAUUAUACGUUCAACGUGAAUUCGGAAUACAACAAUAUUAAGAACGAACCAGAAGAAGACGUUUGUGACAUUGGCUUAGACAAACAGACAUACGACAAACUUGUAAGGGAUAUCGGCUCCAGGGUUGAUGACAUCAAGCUGCAAGAUCCCACUGAUACGAACUGCAGCAGCGAUUCCGACAACCAGAGCGUCAUUUCUCUGUCGGAUAGCAACGACUCCAAAGAUUUGAAAGAAGAUUAUGUUAUGGUGCCGAUACCAGACUGCUUCAAGGUCGAUACUCCUACUAGUGAAUUUAAAGAAGAAAAUGUUGCUGGAAAUUCUAAACAAGAAGACGCAAGAGCUAGCGAAGGAAAUACUUCACCGAAUUGUGAUGAUAAUAACAAUGGAGCAGACAUUGACCUCAAUUUUCCAGAGCCUUCAAAGAAAGCCGAAUCUGUAUCUGAUACAAAAUCUGUAUCUGAUAGUAUUAAAUCUGACAUUGUGGUGGUAACAUUGUCAAAUGAUGACAUACAAGAUGAAGAUUUUGUAUAUGUGAUCGUCGACAACCAGAAACUGGCUCUGCCUAGAAAAAUGAUAAAAUCAGAAUAUUUGAAGAAUGCGAAAGAGAUUCCACGAUCUCACUGCGACAUUUUAACUCGUACCAAUAGUGCCACUUCCUCUAUUGAGACUGUCUGCAAAGAUGAAAAGUCUGAUAGGCAUGUGCAAACCGCGCCUUCGACAUCACAGGCCACUGAAGUUAACUUCAACAUCCAAAAAACCGAAGUUGCUGGAAAUUCAGAAAACGCCCAGGUGGAAGCUGAUUUUCAGGAGUGUCAGGAGUUCAGCUCUCAUUGUUCUGCAGCUGGUACUUGCUUCUCUGAGGCUAGUGCGGAAAGGAACUCCAGGCUGUUUAUCUUUCCUCAAACUUGUCCCGGAUACGAAGCUAUCUACCCUGUUGGCGAUUUAAAGGAGGUGGAUGGAGCCGCCAUUGCACCGGAGUAUACCUGGGCUACGUCUGGUAAGGAAGAGACAUCUCAUUAUGCAGCAACAUCUUAUGCAUACACCACACCACCGGUAACCACCGAACAACCUUCAGCGCCCAACGAACACACUCCAAACUAUCAACAGACUCCACCAGAAGAAAGACCAAAACCGCCAAGCUUCAAUACCGCACCUACAUCCCCAACUGCAGGCUCCAGAGCUGGAUCUGAAAAUGCAUCUACUACAAAUGCCACUCCAGCUGAUAAAAGGGCUGGUGUAGAUAGAAGAGACUCAAAGGGUAGCACAAGCAGCCGCAACACUCCACCACUGCAUAUCUUGCCAGAAAUGUUGGUAACUGGUACUCUGAAUGCUGCCUCUUCAGCUAUCAGUACUGCUCGGUCAGUGAUCAACAGAGUUCUGCCCACUGAGCCAAUCGUCCACCAACCUCAACCAUCCGCAUCUCUGCCUAACGAACCACCUUCCCAACAGCGCCCCGGCUACUGGUUGAAUGGGCAUUGGGUAUCGACCGAUCCUAACGCUACGAGAGAGGCCAACCUGCAAGCCUUGACGGAAAUGGGCUUCUGGAACAGGGACCUGAACGCCACCCUGUUGGCCAGAUAUGAAGACGACCUGUCCAGGGUGGUAGCCGAAUUGGUGCAAUAAGCGCAACGGGAGUAGUCAAUCGGCGAGAAAGCAUGAUUAGUAGAUAUUUAUUACAGGGUAUUUAUUAGGUGUAGGUGCAUCUGAAUACUUUGAAAACUAUAAUAGAAACUUUUGUUGGCCUUGAAGUUGUAGGAGACUACUUGAUACGGCUGGAUCUUGAUGUUUUUUCUGUUACUUAAAGCGCAUGCUAUUUUUGGCUAAUAGAGAGAUAUUAUUGAUUUGAUUGAUUCACAUUCAAAAUGAAUCUUGAAUGUUGUGCUUAAAUCCAACAUACUACAAUUUUUGCUUAAAACCAUGGUUAUUGUGAUUUGCCGUUGAAAUCUACCUUUUUAGCUAACCUAACAUACGACAAUCAUCGCUUAAAAUCAUGGUCAUUGUUAUUUUACUGCGAGGUCUCCAGACUCCUUUAAUGGGAUGCGACAUUAACCUCAAAUGUAUUUUCCACUAAUUUCAUGGCCGACAAGACUUCUGUUCGUAACAAAGCAUGGCAGUAAAAUAACUGCAAUGGUCAAAGUGGUGAUUCAAACUAUGGUCAACGACAAAUUAUCUGAGAACUCACCUACAACUUCUGUAUUCUAAGAUUUUUGUAGAAUCAAUGUUUUUCAAAUUGUUUUGCUGUAACUGCACCUUUCGUAUACCGUGUAUAAUUAAAUAAUGCAACUUAAAUAUAAUUAACAUUAUUUUAUGAAGCUUCAACACCCUAAUAAAUAAAAUAUCUAUAAUCUUAUCAAAUUAACUAUCGUAUUUCUGGACGAGUAACUGGUCUCGUCGAAUCUUUUUUUUUUCAUAUUCCAGCUGACUGACCCAGAUAGUUUAUCUUGCUUCACUGUUAUAUAAAUGUAGUUUCAUAGAAUUUAUAUUGAGUGAUACUACUGCUUAGAUAAAUUCUGUGUAGUUUCGCUGUUUGUUCGAGUUAAAUUCUCUACAUUAAAUAUAAUCAAUAUAUUUUUCAAAAUCUCCCAAUGCAAAAUGAGUGAAUCUUGAUUGAGACUGUCAUAUUUUGAAGGUAUCUUCGCGUGAAUAUUAUUCAAAUGGUAUUUUGCAACAGAUGAGUCUGAAUUACUCUUGAUACUUAAGAAGAAAUUUCUGCACUAGACUUUUAUUUGUUUGUGACCUUCUUUUAUGUUUUAAAAAAUUCUAGAUAUGUUGCAGCUGGCUGCAAUAAAUUAUAAAAACGGUGUUUUGUGGGUAAAUUCUAUCUCAUAAACGGUCUAAUCAAGAAAAUAGAAAGGUCCAUAUUGGAUUGACUAUGGUUUUAAAUUUGAGCUGUACUGCAUUCUAUUCAAAGGGUAACUUGCACAAGCAAACAUAUUACUUAACAAAAAAUACAGGGUGUCCCAACCGUUGCUCCUAAACGAAUAUUUUUCACAGAAAGUAAUUAUGGUUUAUUAUAUAUGGUAUCUGAAGUCAUAUUUCUAAAAAAUUCACAAUCAUACAGGGUGUCCCAAUUUUGACCCACAUAUCAAAGUUGAUUUUUGUUAACAAGAUUGUUGUAACAUACUUAUGGGUUUUGGUUAUUCGUUAUUGAAUUAAUGAGUAUUUUAUAUAAAAAAGAAUCAAAGUGUAACAACCUGCAUAUCUGCUACGUUGACAGGUGGAGUUGUAAAUUGAACAUAUUCUGUAGUAGUACAUAUAGUUUAAAUUUUGGCCAUGUUUACUUAUAGACAACAAAAAAUUAAUUUCAACUACCUUAUAAUAAAAAAAAGCUCAUUUAAAUGGGGAUGUGCAAUAGUAAUGAUGCAGAUAUGCAGGCUCUCAAACUUUGAUAUUUUUUAUAUAAAAUACCCAUUAACUACUAAUAACCAAAACGUAAGUAUGUUAUAUCAAUCUUGUUCUUUUAACUGGCCUAUACGAAUGUGUAAAAAAAGGACAUUCCAUUUGAGAUAAAUCGAUUUUGAUAUUUGGGCCAAAAUUGAGACACCCUGUAUAAUUGUGAAUAUUUUAGAAAUAUGCUUCCAGUUACCAUAUAUAAUAAUCCAUAAAUAGUUUUAACCAAAAACUUUUUGUUUAGGAGUGCUCAAAUUGUUAGGACACCCUGUACAAAUUUGGUUAGUUCCUACAAAAAUUUAUAUUGAAAUAUUUCAUUUGUUAUAUACCGAAGUAAUGUGACUGGGUUCGGCUCUUUUAAUGCUGCGGAAGCUAUAAGAUUGCAACGGAUUGUUCCAACACUUUUCAUAUUUGCAUGUAUUGUUAAAACCGUGGAAACUUCAAAAUCGACUUUUAAUCUUUGAUGGGCCAAUAUCCUCAUUUUAUACGCGUGUGAUGAUAAUCGGUGAUGGAAAUUUUUAUUUUUUGUAUUCUAAAGUAUAAAGAUUAUAAGCAUAUUAACAUUUAUUUUUAGUUUUAACUCUUGAUUAAGGUUAUUAUAUCUAUAGUGGGAUUAAUAUAGUGAUAUAUAAUCAUAGUUCCAUGUAUUCUUAUUUGUGAUAUGUCUAUUGUUCGUUUAAAGUUCC